AUGGGAAGAAGCCCUUGUUGCUCUAAGGAAGGCUUGAACAAAGGAGCAUGGACAGCUUUGGAAGACAAAAUUCUAACAGAAUACAUAAACAUUCAUGGCGAAGGAAAAUGGAGACACCUACCCAAAAGAGCAGGUCUUAAGAGAUGCGGGAAAAGUUGCAGGCUAAGAUGGUUGAAUUAUCUAAGACCUGGCAUUAAAAGAGGCAACAUUACUAAUGACGAAGAGGAGCUUAUAGUCAGGCUUCACAACCUUCUUGGAAACAGGUGGUCCUUGAUUGCUGGAAGGCUUCCAGGACGAACAGACAAUGAAAUCAAGAACUAUUGGAAUACAAAUAUUGGAAGGAAGCUUCAGAAUGGUACUCCAAGCAGCUCCAUUACAAGUGGUAAUGGUGCAAGAAGCUCUAUAAACACACUUCAACGAGAUCGAAGCCUUAAGAACCAAGAGUGGCACGAUCCACCAGAUAAGGGUUCGUGCCUUGUUCAGACUAAAGCAACGAGGUGGACUAAGAUACUGAUGGUUGACAAUGGUAACCCUAGCUCAUUUGACAACAAAGACUAUUUAUCUCCAAAAUCAUCCAAUGAUGAUACCACCUACUUCCCUUUGGGUGAUUCAUUUUAUGAUACAGAUUUUGAUUUUCUUCCGGUGACAACUUUCAUGGACUCCGGGAUUGAUUGGAACUGA